GCCAUAUAGGGAAAUAAACAAUAAGCCAUAUAGGGAAAUAAACAAUUAUUACCUGUAGGUACGCAGAUUGAAGGAGCAUCGGUGGUGAUUGUUUGAGCACCUCCUAGUUCUGCAUGGUAGCUUAUAGGAAAAAGAAACUGGUCUUUUUCUUACUAUUAAAGAAUCCUUGAAACCAUCAGAGCUAUUAACAAUGAACACAGCUGUGAAGGUUUCCACCUUUGCCAAAAAUGUUGCCACUGCAGUCAUCAUCAUUUCAGUUGUUUGCUACGCAGAGAACCUGAAAUGGAUAUCAGAUUCUGUCAUUAGACUGGACAUGGCAGAAAAUUCUGUUGAUGACCAAUUUAUAGGCUGCGAAGACGAAAUGUACGAGCGGAUUACAGAGGAGAUUCUACCAAAAGAGUUAAUCUCUAAUGAAAAUUUUAAAAAAAUUUGGGCAAAUUACUCAAAUUUUACUGAUAAUUUUACAAGAAUAAUAAAGGUCUACACAGACUCAGGUUCAGGCCUUCAUAGUCUGUUCAAUGAAGCUGUGAGCUCAGGCAGAGGGAAUUAUGUCAGUAAUUUCACCUAUAAAGCCUUUCAUUUCUUGCUAACACGAGCAGUACAAAUUUAUCAAGUAAAGAAAUGUACUGAUGUUUUCCGCAGAACCAAUGUUAGUUUUGAUACAAACGUUCUUGACCAUGAAAUGCGAUUUGGCAGGUUUGCAUCAACUUCACUUAGAACUAACAUGUCAGAUACAUUUGGUGAAACCUCCUGUUUUAAGGUUACUACAUGCUUUGGUGCAAACAUAGCCAAAAUUUCUGCGCUCCCUAAAGAGGAAGAGGUGCUAAUCCCACCUUUUGAAAAAUUCAAAAUCACAAAGAUUGAAAAAAACCAGAUGAAGUGUAGUGUCAUUUAUACUCUACAGAGCACUGGGGAGUGUAGUAUUAUGAACUGUGCGCUACUUAAAAAAGAAAAAAAAAAAUAAAAUGUAGGUGCAAAUGUGUUGAUGUUAAUAUAGCAUCACUGCUAACACUGCUGGA